AUGGAAGAACAAUCAGAAAAUUUGAAUUUCAAAGCAGAAUCAUCAGAAAAUCAUAUUUUGAAUUGGUCCAACAUAUUUGAAACUACUAAGAAUUCAGUAUUCGGCGCAUUUUCUCUUCUUUAUACAUCAAGAAAAAAAAAGUUCCAUAAAAACAACUUAAACAAAAAAUUGUAUCAAGGAUGCAUAAAUCUAGUUCUUUCCCUGCAGAUAGUAAGGUUAAAUUGAGGUUCAAUUUUAAAUCCUCAUGAUUACAUGGAGAAACAUUGGAAUAUUAUAGGAUACAUAAAUAUUGAUCAAAUUUGCGCUGAGUCGGAAAGUCUAUUUGGGUGCUUUUUAGCUUUAAAUGUAUUGAUUUAUUCGUGCUUGAUGUUUAUUUUAUUGCUAGCUAUAAGAAGCUACAAAGGAGGAAGCUGUGAGUCUCAGUUAAUAUGAAUACCCAAAAUUUUUUUAUAUUUUCUUACAACUGUUGGAUUUAUUCCAUGCAUCCUCAUUUUUAUGCUAUCUUUGAAAUAUUCUCUUAUGAAUAAAAAUAAUGUAGAUGAAUAUGAGUCAUGUGUAAACUGCAACUUGAAUUUUGGCUCAUUUGGAGUUCUUUUAUCUGGGCUUAAUUUAUUUAUAUUACCAUUAUUGGCAUAUGGAAGAGAAAUUUUUUCUGCUGAGUUAAGGCAUACUUUUUCAACUGAUAAUAUCAAAGCAAGAGCUCAUUCAAUUAUUGAUCUAUAUAUGAUCACUUUUUCAUACAUUGCAUCAAUUGCUUAUGUGCUAUUUAAUCAAUAUACGUAUUAUUUUCAUCAAACUAUUCUUUUAGCUUAUUCUAUCUGCAUUGUUUACAAGACAAUAAAGCUUAUUCCUUAUUACAGUUUAUAUAUAAAUUCAAUUAUUAUCAUCAGAAAUUUAGGAAUCUGUUUUAUGACAUUAGCUUUUCUCUUUGGAAAAGCUAUUGAUAAUUCCUUGCUCAUAAUUGGAUUUUUUUGGAUAAUUAACCCUAUAUUAACUUAUAUAAUCAUGAAUUAUUUGCUAAAAAGAUUCUCCAGGGUCCAAGAAGAUAAUUUGCAAACUCAGUAUGAAUUUGAACAAUAUUAUAGAGACAUUUUAAUGGAAGAAGAUUCAGAGCACCUAGCAGAACUUUCCAAACAAUUCAAUAAAGCUCUAAAAAAAUUCUCUCAUAAAACAAACAAGCUUCUAUGCAUAUGGGAAACAAAUUACUGUCUUUAUUCUAUCAAAAAUGAAAGACUAGCAAGAGUAAAAUUCCACAAAAUUUUUCUAUUAAAAUCUACAGUAGAAGGCUCUUAUCAGGAAUGAGUAGUCGCCAAGCAUCUAGGACAAAAUAAUACAGGGGCUUACGAAGACAUAGGCACUAUUUAUUAUUUUUUGGAAUUAGACCAUAUAAAAGCGAUGGAUAGAGUCUUAUGCUAUAAGUUACUGGAUUUCUGGGCGGAAGUGUAUUCCUCAAUGCCAAGAAUUGAGAAGCUAAAUUUAUUAUCCAGCCAAGUUUCAGAAACAUUGGAUGAGGUAAAUAAAGGGUAUUCUACUCUUGUAAAAAAGUUCCCUAAUAGAACAGCUUGCCAUGAACUUUACGGUUCUUUGCAAAUCGAUAUACUGAAAAAAGAUGAAUUUGGGAACAAACUACUUCUAAAAAAAGAAAGUCUUUAUUUAAAGGAUUUGCAAGAAAACAGAAGCACUUCUUUAUCAUUUUCGGACUCUAACGGAUUUUUGGUAGUUUCAGGCGAAAAAUCAUCUUUUGGAAUUUUCGUUUAUGCAAAUGCAAUUGCAGCAAACAUUUUAGGACAGUCUGCAAAUAGUAUUAUCGGAUCAAAGCUAGAUAAUUACAUUCCAGAGCCUUAUUCUACCAACCAUUCCAAAUACUUGAUAAGAUAUAUAAAAAACUGUUUAAAUCCAGAAAUCAGCCCUGUAAAAUCACCAAUUUUGCAAACUGAAAAGGGGUACUUAGUAGAGUGCUCUCUCGAAGUCCAUAUGGUUUCUUUGAUUAACCACAUAUAUUUUGUUGCUAUAAUGAGACCAGUUUUAAAACAAAGAGAGUGCGUUUUAGUUUCUGACAAAGGAGAAAUCUACGCUCAUAGUGCCAGAUUUUUACAAUAUAUCCAAUGCGAAAAACCCUCAGUGAAGAAUGAAAAUAUAAGCGAUCUUAUCCCCAACCUUAAUUUUUCUCAGCUAAAAUCUCAAAUUCCAGUCCUAAUAACUCAUAACGGAAAACCUCUACUGUUUGUAUUUAUUAAACUGAUAGUAAAAUCACAUACUUUAAACUUGCUGCUUUUAAUUCAUAAUAAGAGCGAAAUUAAUGAAUGAGAUAAUGGAGAAGAUGAAUGGCAGCAAGAACAUUUUGAAAAUAAUUUAAACGGCAAUCAACUGCUGAACGUGUAUAAAGGAAUGGAAUCAUAUCAGCAUAGUACAGGAGACAUGGCCUAUAAUCAAGAAGAUGCUGAAUUACUAGGAAAGUUUGAAAUCAAGCCAAAUGAGCAGGGAAACUCAAAUACAAUUGCAAGCAGCCACUCAUAAUUAAAAUAUGGCGUUUUCGUCUGGGCAUGGCCUCCGGCCAUGCAGCCUCGACUCAUAUUUUAAUUAUAUCCGGCAAGGUUUUGCCGUUCUAGAAGUGAGCAGCAAUGCUAGGUAAGCAAUUCUGGUUGUGUUCAGAGCCUAGCCCAAGCUUAUCUCCUGGGAUGGAUUUUACCUCGCAGGUAAAGGAGGCAGGUAGUUGGAAAGGGAACGCCCAGCAAAGCCCACACGGCCCAUCGGGCAACUUCCUAGCGUGAAAAACAGGCGUUACGUCCUGGGCUACUUGUUUUCCUUUUUGCCGAGAGCCUACCAGAAAAUCCAUUUUUUGGGUUUUCGGACUACGUCAAGGUACGGCCAGUAACUCACUCAUGCGUCGUCGAAGUCGGUAACAUCCCUCCAAGCCUGCCCUGGUGGAUACAAAGCAGGUUGAACCGGCGGCUUGUGGGCCCGGCAGGUGGAAGAGAAGGUGAUAGGUCCGGUUCUUGCUGACCUCCGUGGUGGACGUAAAGCGUAAUAAUUCUAAUAUAAUGCAAGCAGCCACUCGUCAACACGCAUUGCCAGUAAUUAAUAUUUAGAUGCUUGUAAAAAGAUGAAAAAAAGCGCUCAAUUUGCCUUAAAAGCAGUUAACUGGACACUUAUAGUCUCAAUUUUUGGAGUUAUCUUAAUGAAUAUAGGGAUCUUAAUAUAUAUACUCACAGAAAUUAAUCAUUCAAGCGAUCUCGGAAAGGUCGAGCAUAUUGCAGUUUUUAUGCAAGAAAUAACAAAUCUGGCUUUCAGGUCUAGAGCAAUAGAUCUUUCUACCAAAUAUCCUGAUCUUGAUAUGGCAUUUUAUGAGCUUUCUCUUAAUAAAAGCAUAAGUAUUUUAAAUUCUUUGCGUACUGCUAUCGCUCAUGAUUACAGUCAAUGAAGCUAUUGUCCAAGCUCUAGAAUUGUAAAAAACGAAAUAAUUCCUAUGUGAAGCCUCAAUAAUUUUGAUUAUCGUACUUUAUACGAUACGGUGAAUGAGUUUAUUAUCCAUGUAAGCUAUAUUCAGGGAAAUUCAUUUAUGAAAAAUUUUAAAGAAAACAAUGAUUAUAAAGAAGACAAAUUUUUUUUAAUAAAAAAUGGACUUGGGACAAGCUAUAAAAUUAUGAAUUCUACAUUAGCAGGACUUGUUGAAUGUGAAUUAAAUAGGAUAAAUGAAGUUGAUAAUGCGAUAAUUAUCUUCAUUUUAAUGGAUUUUGUAUUGAUAUGCUUUCUGAGUGCCAUAUUAAUGAUUCUUAUAAUAAAUUUCCACAAAAAGUACAAUGAAAUAUGGAAUUAUAUAAGAAAACAAGAAAAUCCUGCGCAUAUUGAGUUAUAUCAAAGUUGCAUGGACAGGCUAUCUGCAGUUCAUGAUUGCUUUCCAUAUCAGCAAGAAAUUCAAAGAAAACAUAAAGGAAAAGAAAAGUCCAUCAAUGAAAGAUUCUCUAAAUAUUUCACAAUUUUAUGCUCAUUGCUUAUAUUGUCUUCAAUCCUUCAUACCUUUCUUGUAGGGAUGUACCUAUAUCCAUCAUGCAAAAAUAAUUUAAUAAAAAGAUUUAAGCUACUUGAGGCUUAUUUUUUUAGAGUUAGUGAAAUUUCCGAAAUUUGCUAUUGAGCGUCAGAAAUGUCUAUAGGAAAAAAUUACUCGACAGUUGAAAUUCUCAGCUCUCAAUACGGUUUUGCUGACCCAAACUUUAUGAUUUUUGAUGCCAUCAAAAGGUAUAGUAUAUCAACUCAUCUCACGUCUAGCGUGAAAUAUAGAGGGUUAUUUACUAAUCAAUUAAAAGGGCUAUUUUUUGAGCAUAUUCCUAAUGCUCCAGAUGUUAUUUUUGAUUUUGGAACUUAUUCUGGAGCUAUACUUUUAAAAAGUGAGGCACCAUUUUAUGCCUAUUCAAACUCAGAAAACAUAGCGAAAGAAGUUAAUAGAUUUUGGAGUAGGCAAAUAAAGUUGCAAAACUUGAUAUUAGCGAGAGUUCCACUUUUUGAUCAAAGUUCGAUGGAUUUUGUAAAUUUGCAAGUAAAUUACAUUAUUUACUUAACCUCUUUCUUUGGCUUAUUUUAUAUUCUGGCUUAUUUAUGCAUAUAUUGGCCUAUUAUACUAACUCUCCACCCCUCCGUGAGCGAACAAAACCAUUAGAAAAAUCUCUAUUUUUUGCCCAAAAACCCAUCCUCUUAAAACAAAUUGUUUAUGAAAAAAAUUUGAUAUAUAAAUGAUAAUUAGUAUAAUGAAAUCUCUAGCUAAUUCUGUUUAAUUUUGAAUAAAUUGCUUUUUAAAACAUAAAUUUUAAAUUAAAUUAAUAUUUGCUUUCCAAUUUUUGAGAAUUAGGAUUUUUUUCAAUUUCUAAAAAAAUUUUUCAAUAAAAUUUAUAUAUAAUUUUUUUUAAUUUCUAAAAAAAAAAUAAUCACUCCGUGAGCGAACAAAAUUUUUUGUUUCGCUCAUGGAGUAAGAGAAAAUCAUAAGCUAAAGAAACUUUAUGAAGUUUCUCAGCUUAUCCCUGCAGUGAACAAUCAAAGAGAAGCUUAA